AUGGCAACCUUCGCCUCUUUUCUCUCUCCUCCUCCGCCGCCUCCACCGUCGUUUAUUUCCUCCCGCCGCUUUUUCCGGCCGUCGUGUUUAUCCGCUUUCAAUCCUGCUAGGAAUUUGGGGAAUUUGGGUAAAUUGCUGCGUAUCGAAACCCGGGUUCUCGCUUCCUCCGGUUCCUCUUUCUCUGCUUCAGAGUUCAGCUCGGGAGAUGAAUAUUCGCCAUCGGAGAAAUCAAACCUCUAUAAUUUAGUUCGAGAUAUCGAGCCCUUGGAUGUGAGCCUCAUUCAAAAAGAUGUUCCACAAACAACUAUAGAUGCCAUGAAGCGGACAAUUUCAGGAAUGUUGGGUUUGCUGCCAUCGGACCAAUUUCAAGUGAUGGUUGAAGCUUUAUGGGAACCGCUCUUCAAGCUGUUGAUAUCUUCCAUGAUGACUGGAUACACAUUGAGAAAUGCAGAAUACAGGCUCAGUCUUGAGAGGAAUCUUGAGAUAUAUGUAGGAGACAGUGAUAAGUCAAAAGCCGAAGAUUGUAAAUGUAAUACCGAGGAACACCAGGGAAGAGGGAGUUUUAGACAAGAUAACUUGCCGACGUCCAAUGAAACUGGUGAAAUGACAUAUGACAUUCCAGAUUUUGGUGAAAUGACCUUUGAGGCCCGACAGUAUAUUUUGAAACUGCAUUCCCGUUUAUCUUCGGUUAAAAAGGCAUGUCCCCUCAAAAGGAAGAAUGCAGCUCUUCAGAUGCAACAAUUUGUCGGGGAGGAAAAGAAUGAAUUGUUGGAUUAUUUAAGGUCCUUGCAACCAGAAAAGGUAGCUGAGCUAUCAGAGCCAACCUCGCCGGAGCUUAGAGCCACGGUUCAUUCAGUCGUGCAUGGUCUAUUGGCAACUCUCUCUCCAAAGAUGCACUCCAAAGGCCUCGAUCUUGGAGACAACAGCACUGCAGGAACUGUAGAUGUUGGAACUGAAGGGGACUGCGUCGAUCUUGUCGAGAACACUUCUCUUCAGUUCCAACCUCUUAUUUCAUUGCCACGCGAUUACCUGGCUCGCUUGCUCUUCUGGUGUAUGCUGUUAGGACACUACCUUAGAGGGCAAGAAUAUCGGUUGGAGCUUAUGGAGCUUCUCACAUUGCCAUUUGUUGCAGAUAGUGAUUCUUCCACCGGUCGACAUGUCAUCUGA